CGAAGGUCGAGCAAUCGAAGCUGGAGUCUGUCAAGACAACUUUCCCUUUCGUCGUGGUCCGAGGUUUUGGUGUUGGAAGUCGUUAGCGAGCGGCUGUCCCACUAUCAGACAGGGGAGAAUCGGGCACGCAAGAGAAUGUGGGGAAGAGAUGGGAGAAAAGGGUUCACGAUGGAUGCACUUGAUUUGUGCGCGUGACGCCAAUUCCCAUUUUCGUGAGCAGCAGACAGCGAGCAUUGGAUUUUUCCCAGUCCAAUGUUGUCUUGGCAUUAGAACUUCAAAGGCCAUGCCAUCACUCCCUUCCCUCCACCUUGGCCUCCUCCACAUACUCAGCGUGCAACCCCUCACCCCUCUCCUUCCGCUGCCUGCUAUAUUCCAAAACCUCCACCCCCAAACACAACACAUCAAUCAAAAACAGCGGCACCAGAAUCCACCGCCAAGCCAUCAUACUUGUGACCUUUCUCGCAAUCAAAUUACGCUGUCCUGCAUUUGCCAACGGAAGCUCCAGCACUGCCUUGAACCACGUCUCAGGCGUCCAUUCGUCCGCAGGGUACGGGACAUCUGAAGUAGCGAUACUCGACAGGAUGCGCUGUCCGCUCGUCUGGUUUGUGACCAAAAACACGAAGAUCAAUGCCGAGAGCGUGAACAGCGUGGCCAGGACUUGUAGAACCACGAGAGCGAGGAGUGUUUUAGAUGGGGGCUGUGAGUGUUCCCCGUGCGUGUCAGCU